CAAACCUAUAUUCCCAAUCUACUAUCUAGACAAACCUAUAUUCCUCAUCAACUCUUUAGACAAACCUAUAUUCCUCAUCUAAUAUCCAAACAAACCUACAUUCCUCAUCUACUAUCUAGACAAACCUAUAUUCCUCAUCAACUCUUUAGACAAACCUAUAUUCCUCAUCUAAUAUCCAGACAAACCUAUAUUCCUCAUCUACUUUCUAGACAAUUCUACAUUCCUCAUCUACUAUCAAGACAAACCUAUAUUCCCAAUCUACUAUCUAGACAAACCUAUAUUCCUCAUCAACUCUUUAGACAAACCUAUAUUCCUCAUCUAAUAUCCAAACAAACCUACAUUCCUCAUCUACUAUCUAGACAAACCUAUAUUCCCAAUCAACUCUUUAGACAAAGCUAUAUUCCUCAUCUACUACAAACCUAUAUUCCCAAUCUACUAUCUAGACAAACCUAUAUUCCUCAUCAACUCUUUAGACAAACCUAUAUUCCUCAUCUAAUAUCCAGACAAACCUAUAUUCCUCAUCUACUUUCUAGACAAACUUACAUUCCUCAUCUACUAUCUAGACAAACCUAUAUUCCCCAUCUACUAUCUAGACAAACCUAUAUUCCCAAUCUACUAUCUAGACAAACCUAUAUUCCUCAUCAACUCUUUAGACAAACCUAUAUUCCUCAUCUAAUAUCCAGACAAACCUAUAUUCCU